AUGGCACUCAUGAACUUUUGCAUUUUCAGCCUCCUUCUGUUUGUUCUUGUGACUAGCAAAUCAAAUGUUGAUUGCACAGAAACUGGUGCAGUUGAUCCCAUGCUUGAUGCUGCUUCUCUGAAUCGGGACAGUUUCCCUCCAGGUUUCAUCUUUGGGGCUGGAUCUUCAUCCUACCAGUUUGAAGGUGCAGCAAGUGAAGGUGGUAGAGGACCAAGUGUAUGGGAUACUUUCACCCAUGAAUAUCCAGAAAAGAUACUUGACAGAAGCAAUGGAGAUGUGGCUAUUGAUGCAUAUCACCGUUAUAAGGAAGAUGCUAAAUUUAUGAAGGAUAUGAACUUGGAUUCAUACAGAUUCUCGAUUUCUUGGUCCAGAAUCCUACCAAAAGGAAAGCUAAGUGGAGGCAUAAAUCAAGAAGGAAUCGACUAUUACAACAAUCUCAUCAACGAACUAUUGGCUAAUGGUAUAGAACCAUUCGUAACUCUUUUCCAUUGGGAUCUUCCCCAAUAUUUAGAAGAUGAAUAUGGUGGCUUCCUAAGUCCUCUCAUAAUCAAGGAUUUUCGAGAUUAUGCGGACCUUUGCUUCAAGGAAUUUGGAGGUAGAGUUAAGUAUUGGGUUACAUUGAAUGAGCCAUGGAGUUACAGCAACAAUGGCUAUGCAAAUGGAAGCAUGGCACCAGGACGUUGUUCUUCUUGGUUUAAUCCAAAUUGCACUGGAGGGGAUUCUGGUACAGAGCCCUAUUUAGUUUCACACUACCAACUACUUGCUCAUGCAGCAGCUGUUCGUGUUUACAGGACCAAGUAUCAGGUAUCACAAAAAGGUUUGAUUGGCAUCACCUUAGUAGCUAACUGGUUUGUUCCAUUCUCGGAUACUAAAUCUGACCAUAAGGCUGCUGAAAGAUCGAUUGAGUUCAUGUAUGGAUGGUUUAUGGAUCCAUUAACAUCAGGAGACUAUCCAAAAAGUAUGCGAUCUCUAGUGAAAAGUCGACUACCAAAAUUUACUGCAGAACAAUCCAGACAACUCAUUGGUUCAUUUGAUUUUAUUGGCUUAAACUACUAUACUUCAACAUAUGCCUCUGACGCACCUCAUUUGAGCAAUGCUAAACCUAGCUAUGCAACUGAUUCUUUAGUCAUUCCUCAAUUUGAACGCAAUGGAAAGCCCAUAGGUAUAAAGAUUGCUUCUGAUUGGUUGUAUGUUUGUCCAAGAGGAAUUCGUGAUCUUCUAUUAUAUAUCAAGAAAAAGUAUAAUAAUCCUUUGAUUUACAUCACUGAAAAUGGUGUAAACGAAUUCAACGACCAAACACUAUCAUUAGAGGAAUCUCUUUUAGAUACUUACAGAAUUGAUUACUAUUAUCGUCAUCUUUUCUAUCUUCGUUCUGCAAUUAGGUAUGGUGCAAACGUAAAGGGAUAUUUUGCAUGGUCUUUAUUCGACAAUUUUGAAUGGUCCUCUGGUUAUACUGUGCGAUUUGGAAUGACCUUGGUGGAUUACAAAAAUGGUUUGAAAAGAUACGAGAAACUCUCUGCAAUAUGGUUCAGGAAUUUUCUCAAGAAAAAAAAUACACUUUUUAAUUCUAGUUAA